ACUCUCCAAACUGACAGGACUCCACAACAGGCCCAGGAGAGACAACACACAGUUCUGGGAUUACUUCUUGAGGAAUUUUCUCAUCGAAAACUAACACUAACUUCACACAGUAUUUGGCUAUCAUUUUCUUCUGUUUAACAGUUUUCACCAGGGUUUGUACAACACGGGACUAUUUUGAAAUCAUUACAAUUCCUUUCACAAUAGUCCCACAGGCGUUGUGAGUCUGGCAAGCGAGGCUACUUUCACACAAGCUUCAACGUAUCUUUAAAGUAUCAUCAGUUGUUUUUGGACUAUUUGGGCUGUGGACUGUCCAAUUCACCGUCUUGAGUCACUCUGACUACCAUUUUACGUUUUUCUAAACAGUUUUUGGAGACUAUUCUACCCUAGGACUACCCUACCUCUCAUUGCCAUGGCGAACAGCUGUCUCCAGCUCAGCGGUUUUGUGAUGAGUUGUAUCGGCUGGGUCGGGAUCCUUAUCGCCACGGCCACCAACGACUGGGUAGUGACAUGUAAAUACGGCAUGAACACCUGCAAGAAGAUGGACGAGUUAGGAGCCAAGGGCCUGUGGGCUGAAUGUGUCAUUUCAACUGCCCUCUAUCACUGUAUAUCACUGACACAGAUACUGGACCUACCGGCAUACAUCCAGACGUCGAGGGCGUUGAUGAUAACUGGAUCCCUCCUGGGGCUGCCUGCAGUGGGGAUGGUCCUAACAGCCACGCCCUGCAUCUCUCUGGGUGAUGAGCCUCAGUCAGCCAAGAACAAACGAUCCCUACUUGGGGGAGUUCUCAUACUGCUAGUGGCUCUGUGUGGGGGGGUGUCCACAGUAUGGUUUCCUAUCGGAGCCCACCAGGACCAGGGACUCAUGUCGUUUGGGUUCAGCCUGUACGCUGGCUGGGUGGGCACGGCUUUCUGUCUCCUGGGAGGGGCCAUGAUCACCUGCUGUUCUACUGAACCGUCCCAACACUACAAUCACCAUGACAACGACAGGUUCUACUACUCCAAAGGACAGGGGUCUGGCAACCCUGUUCCACCCUCCACUAACCACGCCAAGAGUGCCAAUGUUUAGACACACAUGAAGUACAUACAUGCACACACACACACACACGCACACACACACACACACCAGUGUUGUGUAACGCAGAGCGACGUCUAACCUGGUGCCUGAAGAGAAACCAAGGGGUCCUGAUCGGGACAACCCUGCUCUGAUGAAGGACUUAUUUUCAUCUCUUUGUUAUAUAAUGAAGGCUAGGAUUAGGGUUAGGGUUCUUUGUUUUACAAUGAAGGCUAAGGUUAGGGUUCUUUGUUUUACAAUGAAGGCUAAGGUUAGGGUUCUUUGUUUUACAAUGAAGGCUAGGUUUAGGAUUAGGUUUCUUUGUUUUACAAUGAAGGCUAAGGUUAGGGUUCUUUAUUUUACAAUGAAGGCUAGGGUUAAGAUUAGGGUUAUUUGUUUUACAAUGAAGGCUAGGGUUAGGGUUACGGUUAGGGUUCUUUGUUUUACAUUGAAGGCUAAGGUUAGGGUUCUUUAUUUUACAAUGAAGGCUAGGGUUAGGGUUCUUUAUUUUACAAUGAAGGCUAGGGUUAGGAUUAGGGUUCUUUGUUUUACAUUGAAGGCUAGGGUUAGGGUUCUUUGUUUUACAAUGAAGGCUAAGGUUAGGGUUCUUUAUUUUACAAUGAAGACUAAGGUUAGGGUUCUUUAUUUUACAAUGAAGACUAAGGUUAGGGUUAGGGUUCUUUGUUUUACAUUGAAGGCUAAGGUUAGGGUUCUUUAUUUUACAAUGAAGACUAAGGUUAGGGUUCGGGUUCUUAAUUUUACAAUGAAGGGUUAGGGUUAGGGUUCUUUAUUUUACAAUGAAGGCUAGGGUUAGGGUUAGGGUUCUUUAUUUUACAAUGAAGGCUGGGGUUAGGGUUCUUUAUUUUGCAAUGAAGACUAGGGUUAGGGUUCUUUAUUUUACAAUGAAGGCUCGGGUUAGGGUACUUUGUUUUACAAUGAAGGCUAAGGUUAGGGUUCUUUAUUUUACAAUGAAGACUAGGGUUAGGGUUCUUUAUUUUACAAUGAAGGCUAGGGUUAGGGUUCUUUAUUUUACAAUGAAGGCUAGGGUUAGGAUUAGGGUUCUUUGUUUUACAAUAAAGGCUAAGGUUAGGAUUAUGGUUCUUUGUUUUACAUUGAAGGCUAAGGUUAGGGUUCUUCAUUUUACAAUGAAGGCUAGGGUUAGGGUUCUUUAUUUUACAAUGAAGGCUAAGGUUAAGGUUCUUUAUUUUGCAAUGAAGGCUAGGGUUAGGAUUAGGGUUCUUUGUUUUACAAUGAAGGCUAGGGUUAGGGUUCUUUGUUUUACAAUGAAGGUUAGAGUUCUUUGUUCCACAAUGAAGGCUAAGGUUAGGGUUCUUUGUUCCACAAUGAAGGCUAGGGUUAGGAUUAGGGUUCUUUGUUCUACAAUGAAGGCUAAUGUUCGGGUUCUUUGUUCUACAAUGAAGGCUAGGGUUAGGAUUAGGGUUCUUUAUUCUACAAUGAAGGCUAAGGUUAGGGUUCUUUGUUCUACAAUGAAGGCUAGGGUUAGGGUUCUUUGUUCUACAAUGAAGGCUAGGGUUAGGGUUCUUUAUUCUACAAUGAAGACUAAAGUUAGGGUUCUUUGUUCUACAUUGAAGGCUAGGGUUAGGGUUCUUUAUUCUACAAUGAAGGCUAAGGUUAGGGUUCUUUGUUCUACAAUGCAGACUAGGGUUAGGGUUCUUUAUUCUACAAUGAAGGCUAAGGUUAGGGUUCUUUGUUCUACAAUGAAGGCUAAGGUUAGGGUUCUUUGUUCUACAAUGAAGGCUAGGGUUAGGGUUCUUUAUUCUACAAUGAAGGCUAGGGUUAGGGUUCUUUGUUCUACAAUGAAGACUAGGGUUAGGGUUCUUUAUUCUACAAUGAAGGCUAGGGUUUGGGUUCUUUAUUCUACAAUGAAGGCUAAGGUUAGGGUUCUUUGUUCUACAAUGAAGGCUAGGGUUAGGGUUCUUUAUUCUACAAUGAAGGCUAGGGUUAGGGUUCUUUAUUCUACAAUGAAGGCUAGGGUUAGGGUU